AUUCGAGGCCGUCGCAAGCAAGUCUUUUCUUUCCGAAGCACGCAGGUCGUCUCCUUCACCACCAGCAUUUCUCGUCGAGGGCCUGAUUCAAAAGCUAGGGGAAUCAUGGCCGACGUUCGAGCCCUCCUCGCCGCUGAGCGGCAGGCUCGUCGAAUCUCCCACCCUCACCUGACCUACACCAAAUCCGGUGUGCUAAUCUGUACUGUCUGCAACCUGAACAUCAAGUCCGAGGCGCUCUGGGAAGGGCAUCUGAAGAGCGCGAACCACAGAAGAAACGCCGCUCAGGCCGCUGCACAAGAGAACCCCAGUGCAAACGUCGGCGCAACCGCAGGCAAGGGAGUCAAGAGGAAGAUUGAAGAUGUUGAUGAUGAAGCACUGCGAGAACGCGAUGAAGCAGAGGCCGAUGCACGAAAGAAGCCCAAGUCUCGGCCCGAGAGUAUCGCUGUGGUUGAAGAUACAGGGGAAGACAGGAUACAGGCAGGAAUGCUGCCUUCACAGGGACAAGAUGGAGGCAGGGAGGCAAAAAAGUCGACACCACUUGCGCCUGCGGCAGACAAUGCACCUCUACCAAAUGGCACCUCGCAACCAGCUACAGUAGAUGAGGAUGAAUGGGCGGCCUUUGAGCGUGAGGUUGCACCGCUGGCCGCAGCGCAGCCAAACUACACCUCGGCAACAAUCACGGCGGCACCAGUCACAACAGCCCAGCUCAAAGCCCAGGAAGAGGAAGACAGACGGCGGAAGUUAGAAACUGAAGCAGAUGACGAAAAGGAAGAUGAAGAGAGAAGGAUUGAAGAGGAAUUCGAUGUCAUGGAGGAAAUGGAGGAACGGGUCCGAAAACUUCGAGAAAAGCGCGACGCACUCAGACGCGGGGUCAAGGCUGGAACGGACACGGGGCAGGAGAUUAAUUCGACAUCUGCUGACACUGCUGGACAGGAUACAGCGGAAAGUCGUGUUGAAAACCCGGACGAUGAGGGCGAAGAAGAGGAUGAGGAGGAGGAAGAAGACGAGUGGUAUUCGUGAAGCUCAUAAUGCUGCCAAACUAGGAACAUGCAACAUCGACAUUCAAUCAUCACUUGCUGGCCGCCCUUGUGUAGAAACUCUAUAAGGUUAUAUCAAGAUUUCCCUCAAACAGAACGUGAGACAGCCAUGGGGGAAAAUCAAGUAAAGUCUUCGCCCAUGACAUCCUCUAUCUCCACGACACCGGUCACCUCGUUAUGGUCGACGAUCCCGAGCAAAGUGCCUCGCUUGAGGAAUUCUCUGCCGCGACCGGAUCCCUCGUCCCGCAUCUGGGAAAU